AUGGGCGACACAGCAGACGGCGCGGACCUCAGCAGAGUCAACUCGUAUACAUGGCCCUCCGGACAUGUCGCGCAUCUAUCAGAAGGCCAAAUAGGAGCGCUCGAUCGGUUCAAAAAACUGUCGCAGCAGAAAGGCUACUACGACCCCGGCGAUGAGAAGACUCCACCGACUCACGACGAUGAGACUCUCCUUCGAUAUCUGAGAGCUCGCAAGUUCGUGCCAGAACAGGCAUUCGGACAAUUCAAGGAUACCGAGGAUUGGCGGAAGGAGAACCAGCUGGACAAGCUGUAUGAAACAAUAGACGCUCAGGAAUAUGACCAGACGAGGAAACUCUACCCACAAUGGACGGGACGACGAGACAAGCGCGGCAUACCACUCUACGUCUACGAGAUCAAUAGUAUCAAUGCGAAGGAUGUGUCGGCGUACUCGAGCAGCAAGGACAACAAGAAGCAGUCAACCAACACGAAAGUGCCAUGGAAGAUGCUGAAGCUGUUUGCGCUCUACGAGAACCUCUGCCGAUUCGUCCUUCCACUGUGUUCUGCGAUACCAAACCGCGCCAAUGCAGAGACUCCGAUCAGCCAGAGCAAUAACAUUGUCGACCUUGGAGGUGUUGGAUUCGCGAAGCUAUGGAAUCUGCGCAACCACAUGAGCGAUGCGAGUAAGCUGGCUACAGCAUACUACCCGGAAACACUGGACAGGAUAUUCGUCAUUGGAGCGCCUUCGUUUUUCCCUACGAUCUGGCAGUGGGCGCAGAAGUGGUUUGACCCGAUCACAGUGCAAAAAAUCUUCAUCCUUUCCGAGAGCGAUAUGGCCUCCACCCUGGCAAAAUACGUCGACCUCGAAAACGUCCCUAAGAAGUACGGCGGCACUCUCGAAUGGCAGUUCGGCGAUAUGCCUAGUCUCGAACCUGCUAUUGCCAACAGUUUGAGAUGGAAAGAGCAUAUAGAGUACAAAGGCCACCGCACUCUCCCAAUUGGACCAAUAAAAUGGGAGUACGACAAGGAUGGUGACUUGGUCGCAACAGCCAUCGGGACGGAGAACAACAAGCCAAGGAACAACGUCAUCGGACAGCUCCACCCGAAGGAGGGCGUUGCGCGGCUGGCGCUGUCUCCUGGCAGGGCGGAUAACAAGAGUUUGUUUCAUACAACAUCAGCGCAAAUACCAGCGGUACAAGACAAGACGCCCGCAAAUCCAAGCAUGACGGAAAGCAAUGGUGACGCGGCAGCCGCCGCAAGAGAAGGCACAUCAUCUACUCGCUACGUGCAACAAUCCGGCACGCACGCAGAAGGCCAAGUAGCAGGCGGGACACCCGCGACCAAAACCGACAGCGGAGGGGAGCAGCAAGCGAUCAUGGAACCGAACACAGUCGGACAAGCGCCGAAAGAACACCCGAUGAAGAUCCCCGAAGACCCGCAACCGACGGCGAUGGACCAGGCGAAGGAUAUGGCGGCGCAGACUCUCGAGCAGGCGAAGCAGUUGCCGACGACUGUGAUGAGUGCUGUGGGCAUGGGAGGGGAGAAGGAGGAGGAGAGUAAGGAGCCAGCGCCGGCGAAGAAGGAGGAUCCGGCGGUUGACAAGAUGGAUGGGAAGGCAGUGGAGGAGUUUUUGAGGGAUCAGAGUAAGAGUAAGCCGGAGGCGAGUGUGCCGGAGCAAUAG